AUGGGACUUAAAGGAGUGCCUGUCUUCCAGCUUCAGAUUUUGGUCACUUUUGGACAAAAUCGAAGCUGCCUUGGGAUGCUCAAGGUGAAAGUUUUGCCUGUUCCCUCCAGCCUGAUCUCUUUCCUGAAGCAAGCCUCGAAUAUCACCAUCCUGGAGGACCUGCCCCCCGGGGGUAAGGUGGUUCAGGUCCGGGCCCGGGGCUUCGACGUGCGCUACGAAAUCCUCUCCCCGGUGCCCUGCCCCCUCUUCUCCAUCGGACGUGCCGACGGUGUGAUUCGCACCACCGCGCCUCUGGAGUUAGCGCAGGCCCCGGGCGCGGCGGUCACUAGACUGCGAGUGAAGGCCUACGAACGGCUCAGGCCGUGGGCCAGCGUGGAGCUCGAGCUCACGGUGAACGUGCGCUCGGUCAACCGCUGGCCUCCGCGCUGCCUCCCAGCGAUGCUGGUGACUCAAAUCCCCGAGACGACGCCGGUGGGCACCGUGCUGAACACCUUCACUUGUGCUGAUCCAGACUCUCCCGGCUCCAUCCUCGACUACCAGCUGCAGUUCCACAGCCCUCCUGGCUCAGCUAGCCUCUGCCUUCGAGACAGGGUCCUGGAGGUGAAUGCCACACUGGACUGUGAUGCUCGUGGGGCCUGCUUUCAGCAUGCAGCCUCCAUCCUGGUGCUCGAUGGUGGUCAGCCCCUGAUGACCACUGAGGUGCCAGUACUGGUGAUGGUGACUCCUGUGAACGAGUUCUCCCCAGCCUGUGUCCCACACAAGUUCCGGAUCCGGGAAGAUUCAGGGCCCCACACUCUACUGGGCUCUGUGGUGGGCAUGGACAAGGAUUACCCACACAACAACAUUGAGUACUACAUCUCUGGCGGGCCUACCAUCUUUUCUGUGGACCGUCUCAGUGGGGAGGUUCAUCUCCUGGGAUCUUUGGACUAUGAGCUGCAGACAUUAUACAGGCUCAAUGUCCUGCUGAUUGACCAUGGCCAAGACCAGGACCCCACUCACCACCGCUCUGGUUCCUGUACAAUUACCAUUGAGGUUGAGGAUGUGAACGACCAUGCCCCGGAAUGUCAGCCUCCAUUUCAGGAACUCACCAUCUACGCUCUCCUGGGCCAUAGUGUGGAGGUGACCAAGGUGUCAUGUUGGGUUCCUCAGGAGCCACAGCGUCUGGCCUUCUCCUACAGCAUUGUGGGAGGGAAUAGUCAGAGCCGAUUCAGCCUGCAAGGAGCCACCCUGGUGUACAACAACAUCUUGUUGGGGCCUCUCUGGCCAGAGCAGUUCUAUACUUAUGAGCUGUUGAUCCGUGUGGCCGAUGCAGGUCCCUCCAUCCCCCACCUCAGUACCACAGCCACCGUCAGUGUGCAUCUAAUUCCCUGGAGCGCCAGCACAGUGGCCACCCGCACCCACAGAUCCACAGUGCCUUCAGUGAUGACACCCCUGCUUGUGACCGACACAGAGGCUUUCUGGCAGCCGGAGCCCUGGUUUGUGGUGGUGCUGACAGUGACCAGCGCCCUCUUUGUCUUGGCUCUGGGCUGGCUCCUCCUCAGGCUCUUCCAGGGGUUGGUCCAGAUGCACCAGACACCAAGCAAACCAGCCCAGGCUUUGCUACUAAACGGCAUCCAGGGAACUGAGGAGUCCAUUCAGGGGUUCAUGGAGGCACCGAGAAUGGAGAUGUCCCAGGCACCCAGCAGUGUCGACCUGAGCUUGCACUUUGAUGGCAGAGCACAGGACUCCCGCACAGGCAGAGAUUACCUGUUCAACACGCUCACAGGAGCCCGGCGCUGGCUCUGA